AUGCCGGGCGUCGUGAACGGUGUCGUGACCCCUCUGGAGGCCCCGGAGGGAUGGGUAGUCAACUUCGAUAACCCCGUGCGCCAGGCCGUACCCGCCGCGUUCUGGGUUGAUGACUGGCUCCUAAUCGCCGCGUUCGCCACUGCCAUGUCGGCCAUGGGCAUCACGAUACACAUGUUUGCAAGCGGUGUCGGAGGCGUCCACGGCUGGGAGAUAACGAUGGAUCAGUUUGCCCAGUGGGCCAUUGACGUCUACGUAGCCGCGCCGUUGUACAUGCUCUGCGGUUCUUUCGCAAAGCUGUCUCUCUUGGUCUUCUACCUCCGUCUCACCCCGCAGAGGUGGUUCCGCUAUAGCGUCUGGGCCAUCAUGGCACUCAUCAUUGCCUACACCAUCGCCAUUGCCGUACCCCUCAUCUUCUCUUGCAAGCCCAUCUCGAAAGCCUGGGAUAUUUACAUGACUGAAGGCGAAUGUCUCAAUACACCUGUCUUGUACUACGCCACUGCGAUUUCCAACAUUGCCUCCGAUAUCGUCCUCUUCUUCCUACCGCUUCCCAUCUUGAUCAAGUUGCAGAUUCCUUUGCAACAAAAGGUCGGCUUGUUCAUCAUCUUCUCCAUCGGAUCAAUGACAAUUGUAACCUCGGUCAUCCGUUUGGUCUUGCUUCCGAGGCUCGUAAAUCCCACCGACCCAACCUGGGACAUUGGCUACAUCAGCUUGUGGAUUCUGGUCGAGGGCAACUUGCUCAUCAUGUGCGCCGCUCUCCCCACUUUCCGCAAGUUCUUCCGCCACGUCGCCCCGCGCAUCAUCGGAGAAAGCACGUACGGCAAGGGCCGGUCCUCGGGCCGCACUUCUGGCCGCACGGGAACCGGAGGCAUCGGCACCCACACUCGCUACGGCUACGGCUCGCGUCUCGCGUCCCGCGUGCGCGAACGUGCCGAGGACGACGACUACGCUCGAUUCCGUAACGAAGGCGACGCCUACGUCAUGACAAACGUGCAAGGCGGCGUAGGAAAGGGUGGCGAGGGCGACUCUAGUAAGGGUGUCUCUUGGAACGACGACGACUCGGAAAAAGCCAUUGUCGCGGGAUCGAAGGAUAUCAUCCAGACUACGACCAUUGCGGUGGAGUUCUCCCGCGAGGGCGACGAUCGGCGAGGUGGGAGCGCCAGCACAUAA